AAGAAGGGUUCACAAAGGUCUAAAACGGUGGAUCGAAGACAUGGGAAGAGGCCUCUUUCAUCCCGUGAAUCGGAGGAGAAAGAGGAGCAACAACAGCAACAGCAACAUCAAUUAUUUCCUUUCUAUUCAGCUCGAUCCCAACAUGACAUGACUGCCAUGGUGUCUGCUCUUUCUCAGGUUAUCGGGAGUACUGAUAACAAUAAUUCUGUGGCUGUUGUUGGAAAUUAUCCAGCUCUAGCUGAUCCUCAGUCAGCUCCAGCUAUAGAAAACCGAGCUCCACAAGAACAAGGGAACCAGAGAAGAAGACACUAUAGAGGAGUGAGGCAAAGACCAUGGGGCAAAUGGGCCGCUGAAAUUCGUGAUCCCAAGAAGGCGGCAAGGGUCUGGCUAGGCACAUUCGAAACUGCCGAAGCUGCAGCUCUUGCUUAUGAUGAAGCAGCUCUAAGAUUCAAAGGAAACAAAGCAAAGCUCAAUUUUCCUGAAAGAGUUCAAGGGAAAACUGAGUAUGGUUAUCUUACAACUCGCCAAGACGCCCGAGUUGUAGCCGAUCAGCAAGUUUCUUAUUCUCAUUCUAAUCGAUCAUUUCCUCCUCCUCACGAGUAUCCUCAUAUUCUUCAGUAUGCUGAGCUGCUUAGGAGUGGAGAUCAAAAUAACUUGCAUGAUGAGGUGAUCUCAAGUAGUACUAGUAGCUUUCCUGGAGGGCCACUUGCUUCACAGUCUUCAUCAGGUUCAUCAUCAAACAUAUCAUCUCAGGAACAAGGGCAACAGCAGUUUCUUCAGUUCCAAUCUCCAUACAACGUUGGAAGGACUUCAAGUUCCGGUAAUUCGGAAAUGUGGGAAGAGUUUCAUAAUAAUACUUAUGCAAGAAGGUAGUUUCAAUACUUCAAUGAAUGUUCUCUAAGUUCACUUGGAGAAUUGAAGUUGGGAGAAUUAUAAAUUAACUCAUGGCUUCUUGUAAGUUUUCUUUUCGAACUUAAACUUGAGUUUUCGUGUUGUUUCCCGUUUAUUUUCGAUAAAGGUUCGCAACAAUGUGUGUUUUGGUUUUUACUUCAAUCUUCCGAAGUGUAUUAAUAAUUCUUGUCAAAGACUUCUGUCCAGAGAUUACAAAAAAAUCUUGUUGAAGACUAGAGCAUUUUAUAGA